UCUUAAUCUUCCCGUUUUUUUCAAUUAAUUUUGGUUUUUGGAUUUGAGUUUUUGGUUGAAUUCGUCCCCUACUUUCCGGGUUUGUUUAAUUGUUGAUUGAAUUGGGUGAUUUUGUGAUUGAAUUAUUAUGAUUUUCUUUCAAAUUUGCAUUUUGGCUGGUUUUAAUUCGAUGUGUCUCAUGGAUUUUUGAUUGUUUUCAAGGUAACGUACAUUGGUGAUUUUGGAUUAAGUUGGCUGUUAAAUUCCAUCCCUGCUUCUGGGUUUGUUGAAUUACUGGUUGAAUUGGGCGAUUUUCUGUUUAAUUUCUGGAAUUUUCCUCCAAUAUUAGGUUUUUGCUAGUUUAAUUCCCGUGAGUGACAUGUGUUUUUGAUUGAUUGCAAAAUUGGAUCCCUGUAUCUUUGCAAAAUGACAAGUUAUGUUUUUGCAAAUCUAUAACUGUUGUUGAAAAACUGACCAGGACGUGUGGCGCGCUUCCAUUGGAAUCGCUGAUUACAAUUAUCCCUUUCUAGAAAAAAGAAAUUAAUCAGCUGCAAUUAUUGAUUUUUGACUGACUUCCUAAAAAAUCAGGCCAUUUGCUGCUCUUUUCCUCAUUCUUGGAUGUGCUCUGCAGGGAAAACAAAAUACUUUGUACUAAGUUAACACGUUAGUAAGAAUACAAAAGUAAUUUUGAAAAACGGACACCAAAUUCUCGAGAGUUAACUAUUUAAUUGUUACUGGUAUUUUAUGCAUGCGAGACCUUUUAUACGAAGUAUAAAUAUUGUGAUUUUAUUUAUAAACAUUAACGGUUAGCAGGGGAGGGGUAGCAUAAGUAUUUCAUAUGGGACUCCCAUGUAGAACAAAGAUAAUUAUUGCGACAAAGCGUGUAAUAGUAACCAGUAGUGCACAAUUGCUGAACAAAGCGAGUAUUGCUAUUGCUGAACAAAACAAACACAGUUCUUGAGUUGUUCCUGUGCCUUUGAAACCAAAAGAAAAGAAAUGGAUGCCGGAACAGUACUAUCUGCUGUACAAACUCUGCUUGCAGCACUUCAGUGUUCGCAGCUCAAAGAGGCACUCUCAAUCUUUGGCUACAAAUCUCAACUUGAUGACCUCCAAUGCACUGUCGAAACCAUCAAUGCUGUGCUCCGUGAUGCCGAGGCCAAGCAAGAGCUCUCCCAUCAAAUGCAGGAUCUCAUCGAGAAGCUCAAGGAUGCUGUCUUUGAAGCAGAUGAUCUGUUUGACGAGUUUGUCACACUCGCUAAGCAGAAGCAACUCCUGAAGGCUGAUGGUAGUCUCUCCAAGAAAGUGAGUCACUUCUUCUCUCGUUCCAAAAACCCGAUCAGCGUUGCUUAUAGGAUGUCUCGAGGGAUUAAGGAUAUCAAGAAGAAGUUAGAUACUAUUGCUUACAAUACUCAGUUUAACAACUUCAAGCAUGAUCCUGAGCCUAUCAAGAAGAGAAGGCCCGAGACCUGCUUUUACGUGAAUGCAGUUGAAAUCAUUGGAAGAGAGGCUGACUUGGAGAAGAUCGUAGAUAUGCUGCUCAAUCCUAUUGUUGAAAGGGAUGUUUCUGUGCUUACUGUUGUGGGAGUUGGAGGGUUGGGAAAAACUGCUCUUGCCCAACUUGUGUAUAACAAUCCAAGGAUCACAAGUGCGUUUCCGUUGAGAUCAUGGACUUGUGUCUCUGAUCAAGAUCAGAUAGAGCUGGAUGUGAAAGAAAUUAUUUGCAAGAUUCUAGAGGAGAAUCAUGACAACUCCACCAUGAAUAAGGUGCAAAGCAAACUAGAAGAAAAAUUAGCAGGCAAUAAAUAUUUGCUUGUUUUAGAUGAUGUAUGGACUGAAAAGCGUCAUCAGUGGUGUGAUUUGGAAAAACUCUUUGAUGGAGGUGAAAGUGGAAGUUGGAUUCUGGUGACUACACGUUCACACAAGACUGCAACAAUUGUAGGAGGUCCAAUUUAUGAGCUGCAAGGCUUAUCAGAGGAAAACUCAUGGCGCUUGUUUGAAAGAGCGGCAUUUGCAUCAGAUCACUCAAAACCCCCUGACGAGUUGGUCGAGAUUGGGCGAGAGAUUGUUGAUGGAUGUGCCGGAGUUCCCCUCGCUAUAAGAGUUGCAGGAAGUCUUUUGUAUGGUCAAGACAAAAGCAAGUGGCAGUCAGUUCAGGAGAUCGGAUUAGCGAGUACCAGAGAAAGCGAAGACAGCAUUAUGCCAAUAUUGAAGCUUAGUUUCUAUCACCUGGAUUCUUCACUAAAGAGCUGCUUUAGUUAUUGUGCAUUGUUUCCAAAAGAUUUUGUGAUUGACAAGGAGAGGUUGAUAAGACUCUGGAUAGCACAGGGUUAUGUUGUUCCGUUAGAUAAAGGUCAAAGCAUUGAAGAUGCCGGUGAGGAACAUUUUACGAUUUUGCUGAGGAGAUGCUUUUUCCAAGACAUCAAGAAAGAUGACUCCGAUGAGAUCGAGUCAUUUAAGGUACAUGAUCUCAUGCAUGAUAUUGCUCAACGUGUCUCAGGGAAGGAAAUCUAUGUAAUGAAUCCCAUUAGUAGCUAUCUAGAUAAAAACGUUCGUCAUCUGUCACUCGCUGGCAGCACGAGAGAUUAUAACAAGUACUCUCUGGGUAACACCCAUAUCCGUUCACAUCUUUUUGUUAAUUUUGACGCUUCUGUCACUUAUUUUGAUCAUAAUCAUCCCCAGUUUCCGGUGAAGGCGAUGGUAGCAAAUGGUAGGUGUCUAAGGGCAUUGGAUCUGAGUAGGUUAUGUAUUAAAAGUUUGCCAGGCUCGAUAGGUGAAUUGUUGCAUUUGAGGUUUUUAGAUAUCUCAUAUAAUGAUUCUUUGGAAGUGUUGCCUAAGUCAAUUACAAAUCUAUAUAAUCUACAAACCUUAGAUAUACGUGGAUGCACGAGAUUGAAAGAGUUGCCGAAAGAUUUGAGUAGACUGGUUAAACUUAGUGCUUUGAACAUACAGGAUUGCUUUAGUCUGACUUAUAUGCCUAGAGACAUUGGUAAGUUGAGUUGUCUUCAUAAACUAACAGGUGCAUUUAAAGUGGGUGGUGAAGGGAGCUGUUCAAGUUGGAAUCAAUGGUUUUAUGGGCUGGAAGAGAUAAAGUCUCUUACCAACCUCAAAGGUUGUCUUGAAAUCAUCAUCAAUUGGCCCAAAAAUGCUAAGGAUGUUAUCAAGGCAGGCAGUGGUAGAGAAGGAUUAUACCUGAGGAAUAAGGAACAUGUCAACAAAAUUGAGGUUCUUUUCAAUCAUAAGAUGGGUGAUAGUAGAAUGGAUGGUGAAGGAACAUUAAGUUUGAUGGACGAUCUGGAGCCACCUUCUAAUCUAAAGUCAUUAAGUGUGAGCUAUUACAAUGAUUUGAAAAUGUCUAGUUGGGUAGCCUUUCUCCCAAAUCUUGCAGAACUUGGGCUUUAUUAUUGCGAGGAGUUAGAUUGCCUGCCAUCCCUGGGAAACUUGCGUUGUCUGAAGUAUCUCUUACUUCAUUCUUUGGAGAAUUUGGAGUACAUAGAAGCAGACAAUUCUAGUUCCACGAUGUCUUCGCCUGAAGAACUAUCAUUCUUCCCAUCCCUUGACCAACUUGUGUUAAGUUCACUGCCAAAGUUUAAAGGGUGGAGGAGAGGAGUAGAUGAUAGCAGCAGUAGCAGUAACCCACAGUUACCAUGUCUUUCUCAACUGAAGUUGUUGGCCGUGUCGCGCAGCCCAGAACUGUCAUGUAUUCCGCUGUGUCCCAAUGUGGAAGUCCUAGAGUUAAUCAAAUUCAAUGAAAGACUCCGUAUAAUAUCCACGGAAAGGGAUGUGAAAUCCUCAUCUUCAGUGAGUCGUAUUAUUCCAGUUCCCAAAUUAAGGAAGGUUGUUAUAGACAAUGUGUCAUGGCUGGAUUCGCUACCCGUUGAGUCAUUUCAGUGUCUUGAUCACCUAAGACUAGUGGAUGAUAUUGAGUUGGUGGAUCUUCCCAACUGGAUGCAGUUCUUGCCUGCCCUCCAAACCCUUAUAAUUCAUGGAUGCAGAGGACUGAAAGCACUGCCGAAUUGGAUGCCCAAACUGACCUCUCUCAGUGAUCUUAGAGUUUUUGAUUGUCAAAGAAGCCUGUGGAGAAGAUGUCAAAAAGAUCCACCCGGGGAGGACUGGCCCUACAUUCAACACAUCCAUCACACUUGUUUUAACUAUUUUGAACAUUAAUUCCUCUAUUAUGUGAAGUUACCUUAGACUGGAUUCAAGGUAGGAGGAGUUUUAACUUUAAAUACUAGGAGACCUACCUAAUUCCCUCAAAAAAAAAUUAAGAAUAGUUGGAGACUUGGACUUGCUGAAUACAUUGUUCUGUAUGAUACGUGAGAAUAUGUUGUUUGUUUGAUACGUUCUUUUGUGUGAUCAAUGAGAACAUGAGAAAUAUUGUCAACACUCGUGAUUGUUUUAACAUAUUUUGUUUCUCUAAUCAAUGAUUUUU